UUCAUUCCCACAAUUAGGGUCCUUGCACCAGUCAAGCUUUUGUGUCAAACGAACACCACACAAACCUUAGACAAAGCCCCUUUUUUUGGUACAUCAACUACCAAGCUAGUACGUUGAGCCAUGAAGGUUGGGAGGCAGAUGAAGCAGAUGGGGAAGCUGAACAAGGCGCUCAAGGAGCAGAGGGCCAAGCUCUACAUCAUCCAUCGCUGCGUCGUCAUGCUCCUCCGCUGGAGUGAUUGAUUGAACCAUCCGUCGAUCUGUGGCACCACAGAUCGAUCGGCGAUCAAUCGUUUGUUUCAGCCGAUCAAUCCCUUCUGUUUUUGGAUCUUUUUUCGCCCCGCCGAUGAUCCAUUCGGCGGGGCUGCAGAUUCCAGCGGCAUGGCUGCUAAUGUACGUGCAUGAAUGGAUGUUGUAUUCGUUCGCGCAUAUGCAUUGAGCUUCCUAUGCUUGCAUUUUAGGAGGGGUUGAUCGGUUGAUGGGUUGAAGUUUUCCUUUCCAUUUGUUUUUUUACCACCUGCCUCUUCGGAGGCAUGGGUGUGAGGAGAGGACGCCGGAGCACUGAGCUACAAAGGUUGAUGUGCUUCCCAGUUUCUCUUCCACAAAUGGAGAAGGUUGAUAUAGAUGCCAGUGCAUUUCGUUGCUGCGACUCGAGUUCAGUUGGCUACAAAUGUUGUCGAUGCUGAUCACAUGCAUGAUUCUGAAGAAGAUCAAGAGGAAGAUUAAAUAAGACACUGGCCUCAUGGAUUAUUCAGCUACAAUGUUGCUUUUGGUUCCGAUGAAUUCGAUCCUUGUGUUGUAAUGUUGCUUUCCAGGACAUGGUUUCUGUUCUUGUGGUCGCACUGUAGCUGGUUCACCCCAGCAUGACGAUUUAUCUAUCUGUUAAAUAAAAAUAAACGCUGGCCUAUGAA